AUGGGCUACCGAGUGAAUGGCCUUCCUCCUUUUCAGGUCUCCUUUAGCAUCACUUUCCCUGAAGGUUACGUUGGGAAAGAGAAGAUGGACACCAAGUUCAAAGUUGAGGCAGACGACUCUCAAGUGCAGGUUGGCGUGCUGAACCAGUUGGCUAGGACGGCCAAGUACGAAACGAACAAAAGUAGCGCUCCCACGUUGGAUGCGGAUUCUCUCGAACUUCAUACGAAGCUUGAAGCGCUGAAGGUCAUUGCCAGUACCGCUUCUCCUGUGUUGAACAAGUGCAAUGGUCGUGGCUCCAUUGAUGACGAUGAAACGACGGAAGGAUCGGAGAGGGGAGAUUUGGUGCCUCGGUUGCUUCGAGUUUGCUCCUUCGCUUCAGUUCUUCCCAUUGGCUCUUGGAAAAAACGGGCAAAUCAGGGCAAAAGAAAACAAUAUGUGUAUAGACAUAUUAACGGGGGUUUCCAUAAAUGGGGGAUCCCAAAAAUGGUUGGUUUACAAUGGACAAUCCCUUUUUUACAUGGAUGA